UGUGGGAGAGUGGGUGGAAAGCCGGAGGGGUCCACGGGAUCAGCAUCGGAGCCAGCGUGAAUGCCACGCCCUUAAGCUAUACUGGGGGUGCUGGAACCGCCUUCUCCACAGCAAGUCCCCUGGUUUUCGAGCCUCUUCGGGAAAGCAAGCCAGAAUUCCUAGAGCUUACACGGACUUUGGCUGCGCACAUCCGCACAUCCUUGCAAUCCAAGAAGUCCUGAGGGAGAGCUCAUGAGCCCCUUCUUUUCAAGCUCUCAGCCCCUUGUUUCUUCCAAGUUAUUCCCCGGUCAGCUUGCGUCCCCUCCAAACUCAAAAAGAGCUGAAUAGAAAUGAAAUCGAAUGAGUGGAUAUCCACUAGCCUAGGAGCGUCCAAGCCUUGCGUUUUCCUCUCCCCAGACCAGGAAAGCCCCCAGGACUCGCCAUCACAGAGCACAGUCUUAGUCCCUCCGCUGCCACACGGCGGUACAAGGUGCAAGGCACCCCCCACCCUCAAGGUUGCUAGAACGUGAACCAUACAAAAGGACAUCCCCUUGCUUUGCAGACAAAGAAGUCAUGGCCAGGCCGGCUGUUCCAAACCUCUGGGACCUUGGGUCAGGUUAGAGCCUUGCUCUGGACCGUCUCACGUGCAGAGUCCUGGACAAGGAGGAGUUCUCAUCUCUCUCAGACCUCUCAAAGACAUCUUCCCUGGACUGCCUAAUCACCCUCUUCCGGGAUCGUCUGUGGGGUCUCCAGGGCUGAGCAGCAACAGAUGCCAGAAGGUCCCUCCGACUGUCAUCUGAGUCUGGAGAGGGGCUCUCAGCCGGAAGGCAGCACAGCGCAAGUCUGAGAGCAGCAGGUAAGCGACCCCACAACCUCAUGCCACAAGGACUCCUGAUGGGGCCCUUCAGAGCCCUGUGUUUGGCCUGGGCUUUGCUAGGAGUGACCAGAGCGUGUCCUGAGCCUUGCGCCUGUAUAGACAAGUACGCCCACCAGUUCGCAGACUGUGCCUACAAGGAGCUGCGCGAGGUCCCGGAAGGGCUGCCAGCCAAUGUGACCACGCUUAGUCUGUCCGCCAACAAGAUCACGGUGCUAAGACGGGGGGCCUUCGUCAACGUCACGCAGGUCACUUCGCUGUGGCUGGCUCACAGUGAGGUGCGCACCGUAGAGUCAGGGGCAUUGGCAGUGCUGAGUCAGCUCAAGAACCUCGACCUAAGCCACAACCUCAUAUCCAACUUCCCUUGGAGCGACCUUCGUAACUUGAGCGCGCUGCAGCUGCUGAAAAUGAACCACAACCGCCUGGGAUCGCUGCCCCGGGAUGCACUCGGCGCGCUGCCUGACCUGCGCUCUUUGCGCAUCAACAACAACCGGCUGCGUACCCUGGAGCCCGGCACAUUCGACGCACUGAGUGCGCUGUCUCACCUGCAACUCUAUCACAAUCCCUUCCACUGCAGCUGUGGUCUUUUGUGGCUGCAGGCCUGGGCGGCGAGCACGCGGGUGUCCUUACCCGAGCCUGAUUCCAUUGCGUGCGCCUCGCCUCCUGAGCUGCAGGGCGUGCCAGUACACCGGCUGCCCGCCCUGCCUUGCGCACCGCCCAGCGUGCGUCUGAGUGCAGAGCCGCCGCCGGAGGCGCCUGGCACCCCUCUGCGAGCAGGCUUGGCUUUCAUGUUACACUGCCUCGCCGAAGGCCACCCCUCGCCCCGCCUGCAAUGGCAACUUCAGAUCCCGGGUGGCACUGUAGUCUUAGAGCCACCCGUUCUCAGCAAGGAAGAAGAUGGAGGAGAUAAGGCAGAGGACGGGGAAAGUGAUGGAGAUGAGGACCUGCCUACACAGACUGAGACACCAACCCCGACUCCAGCACCUGCUUGGCCAGCGCCUCCAGCCACUCCGCGCUUUUUGGCCCUCGCAAAUGGCUCUUUGUUGGUGCCUCACCUGAGUGCCAAGGAAGCAGGCAUCUACACAUGCCGCGCACACAAUGAGCUGGGUACCAACUCAACGUCGGUACGGGUGACUGUGGCUGCGGCAGGGCCGCCAAAACACGCUCCUGGAACAGCGGGAGAACCUGAUGCGCAGGCCCCGACCUCUGAGCGCAAGACCACUCUUAAGGGCCGUAGCAACAGUGUCCUGCCCUACAAGCCUGAGGGCAAAACCAAGGGUCAAGGUCUGCCCCGGGUCAGCGUCCUCGGGGAAAUCGAGGCGGAGCUGGAGGAGACAGAUGAAGGAGAGCAGGUGGAAGGUCAGAUCCCUACAGAUUCGGUGGGGGAGAAGCACUGUGGCCAUGGGGACCCCUCUCGAUAUGUGUCUAACCAUGCAUUCAACCAGAGCUCAGAGCUCAAGUCGCACGUUUUUGAGUUGGGUGUCAUCGCGCUGGAUGUAGCAGAGCGUGAAGCUCGGGUGCAGCUGACGCCUCUUGCUGCGCGCUGGAGCCCCGGGCCAGAUGGUGCUACCGGAGCGCGGCGGCCUGGAAGGCGGCCCUUGCGCCUGCUCUAUCUGUGCCCUGCGGGUGGUGGCGCGGCAGUUCAGUGGUCACGCGUGGAGGAGGGGGUCAAUGCCUAUUGGUUUCGCGGCCUGCGACCUGGCACCAACUACUCCGUGUGCCUGGCACUGGCGGGCGAAGAGUGCCACGUGCAAGUGGUGUUUUCCACCAAAAAAGAACUGCCAUCCCUGCUGGUUAUCGUGACAGUAAGCGUGUUUCUCCUGGUGCUGGCCACCGUACCCCUGCUGGGCGCCGCCUGCUGCCAUCUACUGGCCAAACACCCGGGCAAACCCUAUCGUUUAAUCCUGCGACCUCAGGCCCCCGACCCAAUGGAGAAACGCAUCGCCGCCGACUUCGACCCGCGUGCCUCCUACCUUGAGUCUGAGAAAAGCUACCCUGCCCGCGGCGAGGCAGGAGGUGAGGAGCUUGAGGAGGCCCCGGAGGAGGGCCUUGAUGAAGAUGUGGAGCAAGGGGACCCAAGCGGAGACCUGCAGAGAGAGGAAAGCCUCGCGGGUUGCUCGUUGGUGGAGUCUCAGUCCAAGACCAACCAAGAGGAGUUCGAGGCUGGCUCUGAGUACAGCGACCGGCUUCCUCUGGGAGCAGAGGCGGUCAACAUCGCCCAGGAAAUAAAUGGCAACUACAGGCAGACUGCGGGCUGAGCCCCCAGCACGCCUGGCCUGCCCACCUCUACCUUGGGCACCCAGUAGCCUAGGGAAGGCAGGACUUUCUCACCCUCAUGGGACCCCAUCCCACCCCCAAGCCUUCUGUUACUCUCCCUCCUUAGCCCUCUCCAGGCGUCACUAUUAGGGAUUUCUAGGAGUGGGCCGAAUUCAGUGGUUCCCAGCCAGUCUCCGUCAUUCUCUUGGCGGGCUUGAAUCCCCACCCCCAACCCAAAGCACAGAGACAGGCGCCUACCUCCUCUAAGACACUACCCACGGACAGCGAGAAACCAUCUAUGCCUUCCUUUCCACCGCGGUGAUCAGAGAAACCCACCGCACAACCCACACGGUGGGGAAGACAGGGAAUCUGGAGGCAAGGGGAUCGCGCCAGUAGCUGGCCACAUCCAGUGAUAAUAAUGGGGUUGGUUCCGGGGUUUGCCCCGGCCCCCAAGACAGGUCCCCAAGGUGGAGCGCUGUGGCUCUCACCUUGACCCCACUCCGCCUUUUCAAGGUUGCAUGUGCCAGAAGCCGGCUAAUUUUUAGUCUCAAAGUCCCUUCCCUACAAUGAUCCAAAUCCCUGCCUCUCUCCAUGCCUUCCCACCCCGCCCCAUUUCUGUCCAGUUGGAGCCAAGCUGAGGUCCUGGGACGCUUUUCAACUCGGCGCACUGAUUUUCUUAUUUUCGUUGUUUUCAAAGACAGCGACAUUUCCUGGUCUGGUGCUAACACAACCUUCCCAACGAAUGGGAAGCUGGUUGUGAGUGUGUCAGGUGUGAGAGUCGGAAUCCGCUUUCUUCUGUCUCUCUCCUAAUUUUACGCGCUGCGGGACUGCGCACCUCUUUUCCUCGCAGGGUGCGGGCUUGGUCCCCGGCCAGUUUCGUUGUCAAUGUCUUGCAGGUGCCAGAGACUGGUGUGGCCACAGUGGCUCUUGCAACUCCAUGGGGUGCAGACCCCAGCAGAAACGUGCUGGGGGCGCAGGGAGUUGUGUCUUCCGAGGGAGUCUGACAGGGGCCAGAGCACUGCAGCAGCGGAUGGGGGUGGGGGUGGGGGGAGGAGACCCCGGUCCCCUCCUCCCAGGAAAAGAGUGCCCAGCGUGUCGUCCCCGCCUAGCAUGGGCUGUAGAAGUCUGUGUCCUGUAAAGCGGGUAGUGUAGGGGGGCGGGAGGGCAGGCG